AUGGCGGGCCGAAUGGUGCUGUACAAGCUCGUUGUCCUCGGUGACGGUGGUGUAGGCAAGACAGCCCUCACCAUUCAGCUCUGUCUCCAACACUUUGUCGAGACUUAUGAUCCCACAAUUGAGGACCAAUACCGAAAGCAGGUCGUCAUCGACUCCCAACCAUGCAUGCUCGAAGUCCUCGACACCGCUGGCCAAGAAGAAUAUACGGCCCUCCGCGACCAAUGGAUCCGUGACGGCGAAGGUUUCGUCCUCGUUUACAGCAUCGCCUCUCGCUCCUCCUUUUCUCGCAUUAAGCGCUUCCACCACCAGAUUCAGCGCGUCAAGGAAUCCUGCGCCUCCUCCCCUUCCUAUCCCGGCUCCCCCAUAUCCGCCGCCAACCCGCAGCUGCCUGUCCCGAUCAUGCUCGUCGGCAACAAGAGUGAUCGCGUCACCGAGCGCGAGGUGUCUACGCAAGAGGGCCACGCCCUCGCCCGCGAGCUCGGUUGCGAGUUUGUCGAGGCCUCGGCCAAGAACUGCAUCAAUGUCGAAAAGGCUUUCUAUGACGUUGUCCGCGUCCUCCGCCGCCAGCGCCAGCAGGCUUCCAAACCCCAGGGCGCCACCAGCGGCCGCAGUCGCACAGGAAACGGCGACAUGGGCGGUCGCGACCGUGAGUCUCACAAGUCGCGCCGCAAGGACGGCGAGAAAAGCAAGGGGCGUUGUAACAUUUUAUGA